GUCUGUGUCUGCAUGCUCUGUGUUGGCUUUGUCUUUGACUAUCGGAUCGGAGCACUAUAAAUAGUCAAUCGGGGGCCCAGAGUGACAGCAUUAGCCCCUCGGUCAACAAACCAGCAGCAGCAACAUGUACAAGCUCCUCCUCGUCGUCGCCCUCUUCGGAUGCGCCCUGGCCGCGCCACUGAACGAUGAUGUCAUCACCAAGUUCCUGGCCAACCAGGAUACGGACGGCACCUACGCCUACGACAUCGAGCAGGCUAGCGGUAUCCAGAUUAAGGAGCAGGGUCUUGCCGGCCACAAUGCUCAGGGAUCCUUCUCCUACACCUCCCCCGAGGGCAUUCCCGUCCAGGUGGUGUACACCGCCGACGAGUUCGGCUUCCACCCACAGUCCAACUUGCUGCCCACUCCCCCACCAAUCCCAGAGGAGAUCCUGCAAUCCAUCCGUUACAUCCAGGAGCACCCCACUCCCGAGGAACUGGCUGAUCGCGAAGUUCGCGCCCGUCAGAUCUAG